AUGGAUCAGAUUCUGUCAUACCUUCCGCCAUUUGAUGGUCUUCUACCCAAGUGGCUUGCCCUGGUCUCUGUCGUCUCCGCAGCGAACAGCGUUCAAGCUUACAUCUCCAAAUCCUAUACCUCCGAGCUCUACAAUGGUCGCCUAGCCGAUGGUAGUUCGCACACCAACCCGCACUCCUCCCGAAUCUUCGGUACCUGGACUUUCCUCUCUUCCGUCAUUCGCUUAUCCGCUGCCUACAACAUCACGAACCCUGCGGUAUACGACCUUGCGGCAUGGACAUUUGGAAUCGCCCUGGUACAUUUCGUUUUGGAGUGGCUGGUAUACGGGAGCGCACAGCUCAAGGGGCGGUUUGUGUUCCCGUUGAUAACCGCGUCGGGCAGUCUCGCAUGGAUCUUGACGCAGCGGGAUGCGUAUCUUGGACUGUAA